CAAAAAAACGUUGGGGGUGUAAACAGCAACAAAUUUUACUUGUGGAUAAAACGAGUUUUGUAAUGAUUUAAACACCUUUUAAUUAUUUUUAAUACGGUUAAAUAUGACUAUUUCUCUAAUCAAAUGUAACACCAACUUAAUCAAAGCUAAGUAAGUUUUUGCUACUUCAAUGGCAAGUGACAACAAUACCUCUUCAAAUGCUACCGAAUCCGGAGGUUCUCAAAGAAAUUUUAGAAAACAAGCAAGCACUGGGGAUUUGGGUGACACUCAAAAUCGGAACCAUUUAGGAGUACCGCCUGUUGGGAAAGGCGGUAGACAUCUUUCUAUACCGUUCGACUCGUCGACGGCUAAUGGAGAUAUCAAUGUGAACGGGUCGUCACUGUCGCGUGAAUCGAAGAAGCAGAAUGGGUCGGCAGUGCGCACCAACAGCCUGGGCUCGGGCGCACGCACGCCCCCCGCCGAGCGGACCAAGUCCAAGUUCUCGGCCUUCGGGCGACUCUUCAAGCCGUGGAAGUGGAAACGGAAAAAGAAGUCGGAGAAAUUCGAGGCCGCAUCUAGAACUUUAGAAAGAAAAAUAUCCGUCCGAGCGAAUCGAGAUGAGCUGGUGCAGAAGGGCAUCCUGCUCCCCGAGAGCCCCAUCGCGCCGGUGCCAGAAGGCAACGAGGACCAGUCGCCCCCCUACGGCGAGGAGGCGCGCGGCGAGACGGCCAUGGACCAGCGCGUGCUGGGCGUGCACGCGGCCCUGCAGGCGCAGCUGGCGCAGCACGUGGCCAACCAGCAGGCGCUGGCGGCGCAGCACGCGCAGCAGCAGCAUCACCAUCAGAAUAAUAACGUCAUUGAACCAAAGAAAGACAAGUUGGAGAAUGGCGAGCAGCGGCCCGAGCGGCCCAACUCCCUGACGGCGGGCAAGCUGCCGCGGAGAGUGUGCUACAAGGGCGACAUAGUGGGCGGCUACGAGGCGGGCGGCGAGGAGCAGCUCAUGCUGUCGGACCUGCCGGAGCCGCCCAUCGCGCUGUCGGACAUCGGGCCCAUCCCGCCGCCGCCCAUGUUCAGCUCGCCCAGCCCGCCGCGCCACCACCACCAGCACCAGCAUCAGCAGCAGAAUCUCAGCGAUUCGGAAGAAGAAGACGACCAAGACGACGACGAGCCGGACCACUCUGACACUCACCGCGUGGAGGAGAUCCCUCCCAAGGAGCCCAUCUUCAACGCGGUGCCGCUCAAGUCGGCUCUGAAGAAGCGGCCCGCCGCCUCGCCCGCCGGCACGCCGCUCGCGCCGCGCCAGGACCACCACCAUGCCAGCUUCAAGCGGCCGCCGCCGAAGCCCAGGAUCCGCAUAUGCACGCGUCCAGUGCGGGUCGGCAACGCGGCUGAGAACAAGGAGAACGCGCGACCCUGGCAGGAAGAAUACCGCGGCCCGGAGUACUCGAGCGACAACGAGAGCCAGGCCGCCAAGCUGGCACGGAAGGAGAGCCUGAAUAUCAAGCUGGCGCUGCGGCCCGACCGACAGGAGCUUAUUAAUAGGAACAUCCUGGUGGUGCAGAGCGAGUGCGAGCGCCAGGAGUCGUGGGAGGCGAUCGGCGCGCGCCUCAUCCGCCGCCUCUCCAUGCGGCCCACCGCCGAGGAGCUGGUCGAGAGGAAUAUACUGAAAAGCCAAUCCCCGGCUGAGGAGAAGAAACAGAAGGAAGAGAAGAAGCGCUACCUGCUGCGCAAGCUGAGCUUCCGGCCCACUGUUGAUGAGCUGAAAGAAAAGAAGAUCAUACGCUUCAGCGACUACAUCGAGGUCACGCAGGCGCACGACUACGACCGGCGCGCGGACAAGCCGUGGACGCGCCUCACGCCGCGCGACAAGGCCGCCAUCCGCCGCGAGCUCAACGAGUUCAAGAGCUCGGAGAUGGCCGUGCACGAGGACAGCAAGCAUCUCACCAGGUUCCAUCGACCAUGACGGCCGUGCGUAGAUGCCGGGCAGGACUCUCUGUGCAGCGCCGCGAGCGCCUGAACGCCGCCCCCGCGCCCCCCCGCGCCCCGCGGCCCUGCCUCCCACCACCGACGACUAUUACUUACCACAACCCCCCCCACGGUAAAGUGUUGAACAUUCUAAAUUUACGUUAAGCUACCUUUCGAACUAUACUCUAAACUUUUACAUGCGGACCGUGAGUGCAAUCUUGUUUUAAAUUUACUUAUUGUCGUAUCGUAGUUAUCGCCGAGUACAAUUUUUAUUAUUAUAUCGUUUAAAUGUUAAGUUAACGUAUUGUAAGCGUACCUAUACAUUCUUUGAAUUGACCUUCGCGAAGGUUAGUGAUACUGAUAGAGUGUGGAGUGGCCGGACCGGGCCCCCGGCACCCGGCACCGGGCAGCCGGCACGGCGCCGGACGGCGCAGCGACGGCGACAGAAUUGUGAUUUCUUAUAUUGCUAGCUUUUAACUGCGUAGUCACUAAGCUAGAAAACAAUUAUUAAUAUUUAUUUCACAUAGAACUACUGUAUUUUGUGCGUCACAAUUUAAAUAACCAUUUAAGUAUUACACUAUGAUAUUUUGGAUUUUGUAUGACUUUAUACCUUUUAAGUGUGUUUUUUUGUAUAACAUAAAGCAAUACAGCUUAUUUUAGACACAACAGCUGGUUAUUUUACAUAAAUACUCUUGCGUUUGCAUAAUGGAUACUACAGAAGUAUAAAGUACCGAUUUGACAAAAGAAAGUUUAUUGGUACGGGUUUAAUGGGUGCCGCAAGACUAUGUCGUGCAGUGAAUAGGUGUUAUAUCGGGUCGGAGUAUGUAUUCAGAUAGCCGUUACCAUUUCUUUUUAUUAGUUAUCGGAGUGUUCUGUUUGGAGCGCUUCCAAAUGCUGUGCAGAAUAACAAUAAAUGUGUAGUCGUAGUGUAGUAGUGAUGGCCUCUCCAGGCGCAAUAAUACUGACGUUACUUUUUAUACUGUACAAUAAUGCACGAAUCAAUUAGUCACACACAAUGUUAGGAAAGUUAUUAUCUGAUAUAACACCUAUGCCUGCGCCCGAGCGAUGGCUGACCUGAGAAUGGAGGUAACACUGGCGAUACUUUUGUUCACUUACUACGAAUAUUAAAAUGAUAAUGGUUGAUGUUUACGGCAUUAUCUCAAUGUGUACAUAGUUGUAUAUGAAAGUUUUGCUGUAUUCCUUUUGUAGAAGAAUUAAUGAAGUCAUUUGUUUGUACGAGAUGCUCAAAAUUGAUUCGCUGACAAUUGUAUGUAAACUUUAAUUUGGAGAUAAAUGUAGGUCUUCAUAUCAUUAGCUUCGUUCGAUGUGUCUCAGUUGUAGUGGGUGUAGCCAUCAGUACAAUGAUAAAUAAGAAUAAUGAAAUACACGUUCCUCUUGUUACAACGUGCUUGUUAUUACUUUUUACGAUUAUCUAUUAAAGGGACAUGUUACCUUUCCCACUGUACUUUCACUAGAAUUAAGUGUACUGAUGUAUAGCAAUAUUAUUCGCUCCUUAUAUUGACAGCAUUGUGACCUAGAUAUGACGUUCUUUUCUUUGGUCAUCGGCCUGUAGUGUAUCAGCCCGUCUGUUCCAAUCAUGUAAGAAAGACAUUUUGUAAAUGCCUUAGCGUAGCUUGUAGAAAUGAGAUAUAUUUAAGAAGCUAUUGUUUUUGCUCACACCUACCGCUUUAGUAAUCAUUUUUCAAAGUACAGGGAGUGACACGGUAACGUAAAUGCACCAAACCACUGUUGUUUAUUACACAGAGUUCAUUAUUUUGCGUUGGAUGUUUGUACAUUGUACAAUGAUACGAAUAGAUAGGUUUAAUUACAUCCAUCCUGUGACGUGUGUGACCAUGGCGGGCCAGCAUAGCCACCGAGACUGAGGGGCUAGCACAGCCGCCCAGACUGGGGGGCUAGCACGGCCGCCUUGCUUGACUAGAGGAACCUAGAGUUAGGCGCGAACCAAACGAACUGUAUUGUGACCUGAGAUAAGCUCUAGCUGUUUUAUGAACAAAACACGCCUUGUGAGAUUACAAGUUUUAUAUGUACGUAUGUGUGGUCGUAUUUAUUAAUUUGAAACUCGUUGCGAACCAACAGCAAUAAUCCUGCUGUGCCGUGUUGUACGUAGUUUGACUAAAAUACAAAUAGUUCUAUUAUUUUAUAACUGAAAUCAUUUGUAUGUUGUAAUUUAACUGUUAUAGAUAGGGUGUUAUAAAAAUUACACUUUUGUAAAAGCAAUUAUCAUUGUUCAGUAGCGGUGCCAUUAACUAUCCCAAAUUUAAUAAUAACUGUAUCGGGAUUUGAUAAGAUUUUAAUAUUAUCAUGUUAACUUGUAUAUCCGGUGUGUGACGACUGACUUGUUGAAGAAUUGAGUCAAUUGGAGAGAAUGUGGUUCAGUGAUGGUAGUGGAUGCGUGAGGAGCUGUGACGAACUAUGGUAACAGAAGCUGCAAAUAAUGAUAAUAGGAUAAUGGUUAUUCUUGAGACCAUUCCAUUAUAGAUAAAGUCGAAGCCAAAUGACGACUUAUUUUUCUAAACAAUUUUGUUAGAUUUGCAAUUUUUAAGGUAAUAUGUAGAGGUUUAUCGAUAUUAUAUUUGAUAAGAGAUUCAGAAUUUCCAAAGAUUUAAGGCUCAACUAAAUUCUUUUAGCUAGCUUACACAUUGCCAUGGUUGACGAUUAACUACAUUCAAAGUGUAUUGGACAUCACAUAAUGUUGUACAUAUUUGUUUAUAUACCUACAUAAUUAUUAAUAUCGAUUACCUAAAUAUUGUGAUAUCAUUGAAUACUUGUCUUGUUUAGUAUCGAGUUAUUGUAGUAACUUGGGUUUUAAGGCAGUGAUAUAACAACUCAUGGUAUCUGUAUACAUCAUGGAAGCUGCAUGCCUCGAGAAGCAAUAGUUCCAAUGAUUUCUAUGAAAUAACUUCAUUCUCUACAUUUCACAAUCUGUUGGAAUAAAAAAUAAGAGGAAUGUAACUCACUCAACUCAAGAUUUUUUUAAUUCACAGACAUAAUUAUUUACUGCGUCUAAAACGUAUGAACUACUGAAUAUUCUUCGUAUACUCGCGUUGUUUUAUAUAACGACAUACAUAAUUGCAAAUUAUUUUUAAAAUAUUUGUCUAAAUUGUUGCGUAAGGCAUACAUAUACACAUGGCAAAACAACUUAGAAUUAUGUAUGAUAGUAGAAAUUGUCAAAAAGCAAUUGUAUCGAUAAACAUUAUUAUGUAAAUAAUUUUAUUAUGUAAAUUAUGGAAUCUCUUUUAAUUUCCAUUAUUAAUAUCGUGAGUUUCUGUGCUAUUAUAACGAGUAUUGCUAUCCAAUGUAAUCUGUUUACUGUUGCUUUUAUUUUAUAUUGUGUAAAAUAUCAAUGACAUGUUGUAAUAAGUAUAUUUUAUAAUAGCCAUAAUUCUUGUUUUGUAUAAGUCUGUAAAUAUCAUGAUUAUACAUUAAGUUUUAUA